AUGCCCUGUUUUAAAUGUACUGAUUGUAACUUUGUUGCUAAAUCGAGUCAAGGUCUUGGAGUUCAUCGAUCGAAAAAACAUGUUGUUAAUGACUCUUUGUCCAUGAAUGUUGUCUCUGUUUCUGUCGUACGCGAAUAUCCUGAGAGAAGAAGUUUUUAUUGUUGUUUAUGUGAUUCCAUUGUAUUGAAUUUUCAACACCUUACCCGUCACUUUAAAAAACUUCAUCCUGGUAUUAAAAUCUUAUCGUCGGCCCGCUGUUCUAUAUGCGGUAAUGAGUUCUCCAGUGGUCAAGGUGCCGGAGUCCACGUUUCUCGUACUAUUUGCGGUCGGAGUAAACUUCCAGUUGAUGAUGAACCAAUAAUGUCCACUGCAAUGUAUCGUGAUGACGAGUCGACUUCCGAUAUAACGGAUUUUCUUGCUAACAACACCCUCUCCUCAUCCCAAUCCCCACCCUCUCAGUCUCCUAACCCUCUUGAUUCGGUGGUCGCCCUUAGCGAUUGUACUGCUGAUGAGAGAGGCCCUUUCACGAUCCCCUCAUCGGAUAAUACUCAUGUAGAUAACACCUCUAUGGUCGUCUUAAAUGAUUGCACUGUUGAAGAGUCCUCUACACUAAAGAUUCUAACCAGUCCUAUACCACCUGUGACUCUGGAAGAUUUAUCCACUGAGGAUGACAAUGAUCCCUUCGACAUCCCCCGACCCUUAUUCCUAGAUAGUUACUUCCAACCAUCUUCACUUGAUCCCUCAGCUUCCGCUUUUCACCCUACCUCACCCCCAACCAAUCGUACCAACACGGUACCCUCAUCCACUCCUGAUUAUCCCUCCUCACCCGCUUCAAUUCCAUCUGAUAUCGGGUCCUCCUCUUCAAGUAUCUCACCUCCUGCAUCCCGCCUUAUUCCUGUUCAGUCCAGUAAUCCCAACACCUCCAUACCUUCCCAUCUACCAAUUCUUGAAGCAGUGGUCGUCUUAAGUGAUUGUACUGCUGUGAAUAGUAAUGUUAGCUUGUCCACUUUUCCCUGUUUAACCAACCCUUUCCCUCCUCCUAAUUCCUCGUUUCCUCAGUCAAGCCGCCCGUACCCUCCAAACCUCAACCAGCAUCGUCUGCCUGAUCCACCGGUCGCCUUAAAUGGUUGUACUGAAGGGGAUGGCAUCGGUUAUCCUCUCCUCUCUUCCCCAACUACAGCAUCCCAGAACCCCUUCAUUAUCCCUCCUCCACUUGCUGAUACGUCAUUCCUUACACCGACAGCAACACCUUCAUUUCAUUCAGAUAAUGCGAAUAAUCAUCACACAAAGCCUCCUACCUCCUCCCUACCAAGUACUCCACCUCCACCUCCCCUCUCUUCCAAUUCUAAUCACACGGAUCCCAUCAUUGAAUUCCAAUCUAAAUGGUCCGCUGUUUUUUCUGCUGACUGCGGUUGGGAUCAGUUUGCGAAUAAUUGUGACGAUUUCGCUGAGGAUGUCAUCAAUACCAGUGAAAUUGACUUUCAGAGGAAAAAACCCGCCCCUCGCCGCUUGAACCGUCCUUCUGCCAGACCUGUAAAUUCCAACAGACGGCCUGUUAAAUACAAUCCUAUUCAAGCCAGAAAGCUGCAGAGUCUGUAUCGCAUCUCAAAAAAGCGUGCUGCCAGGAAAGUCCUCAAUGACACCAAACCUUCAUAUGAUGGUUCAGUUGAUGAUGCUAAUGAAUUCUUCACACGUGUAUUCGGUCCUAAAUCAUGCGACAUUGAAGGUGUUAAAAGUGGACUUAACGAUUUUGUUCCAUCGGGCCCCACUGAUAAUCACCUCGCUGAUCACCUAUCUCCUGAUGAAAUCAAGAAAAAACUCCGUGUUUUAUCUAAUUCUGCUCCGGGAGCUGAUCGCGUGGAAUACCGCCAUCUCAAAUCUGUGGACCCCAACUGUAAAAUCCUAUGUUCCAUCUACAACCGAUGUCUUGAUGCUAAUGAUGUUCCCCAACAAUGGAAAAAUGCUAACACCAUAUUGAUCCACAAGAAAGGGGACAGCGGUGAAAUAUCGAACUUUCGCCCAAUAGCUUUAAUGAGUUGCAUCUAUAAGUUAUUCAUGAGUGUCAUAGCCAAUCGUUUGGUGAACUUUGCAGUUGUAAACGAGCUAUUAUCUGAUAGUCAAAAGAGUGCUAGGCCAUCUGAAGGUUGCUAUGAACAUACCUUUCUCUUGCAAUCCCUUUUGCUUGAUGCCAAGAGACUUGAGAAAAAUGUUUGUUUGGCCUGGUUGGAUCUCCGCAACGCUUUUGGUAGUGUCCCUCAUGAUGUAAUCAAACUAACUCUCUCUCAUCUUGGUGUUCCUCAAUCCCUGGUGGAUCUGAUCUCUAAUGUGUACACCGGUGCUACUACCGUAAUCCGCACACCUGUUGGUGAUACUAGUAACAUUCCAAUUUUAUCUGGAGUGAAGCAGGGCUGCCCUUUAUCACCUAUCUUAUUUAACCUAAGUGUUGAAAUCAUCCUCCGGGCGGUUCUGCCUAAAGCUAAUUCAAUCGGUCCAGCUAAACAUCAUGGUCUCCCAAUUUCAGUCCUUGCGUAUGCAGAUGAUCUUGUCCUAAUUUGCAGAGAUAGCAAAAAAUUACAACAACUGCUUGAUGCUGCUGGUGAGACUGCCUCGUUGAUCGGUCUGGAAUUCCGACCUGAUAAGUGUGCCUCGCUUUGUGUCACCUAUUCCAAGCGUGUUAAUGGAAACAUCCAACUUAUCGAUUUUUCUGUGCAAGAUAAAAUUAUGCCAGCGUUAAACCAGCAUGAACACUACCGUUAUCUCGGUGUUCCAAUCGGUAUGAUGAAAGAUAUCGAUUCGCUUGAUCAUUUAGUUGAUGACCUUUGCCAAGACCUGGAAAGAAUUAAUUCAUCCCUUCUUGCGCCCUGGCAAAAGCUUGAUGCAAUCAGAACCUUUGUUCAACCAUCCCUAACCUUUGCCCUUCGUGCCGGAGAUCCGGAGAAAGCAUCCUUAGUCAAAUAUCGCCAGAAGUUAAUCGAAAUCGUUCGAAAUAUAUGCAAUCUUCCAAAUCGAGCUUCUCAGUCCAUCAUCUUCGCUAGUACUAAAGUCGGAGGCCUUGCCUUACAAGAUCCCCUGGUCGAGGUCGAUAUUCAAACUACAGUUCAAGCGAUUAAGAUGCUGUCUUCUAAUGAUCCCUUGGUGUCGACAAUAGCAAAAGCAGAGUUGAAACAAUCUGUUCGCUUCGCAGCAAGAGCGGAUCCUUCUCCUGCAUUAAUUCAAGAUUUUCUGUCUGGUUCUACUAAAGGUGCAUUCCACCCUGACCUAAUCCGAUACCGGACGCACUCGUUGUGGACUCGUGCCCGUAAAGCCUGUCGUAACCUUAAGAUAGCGUUCCAGGUUCCUGAUUUCGACCCUCCUUUCCUUACCUUUGAUUCUGGCUCCCCAGUUCUUGCCAAGCUUGCCUGUACCAAACUCCACCUCCUCUGCCAAGAUCGUGCCGCCGAUAAACUUUUAUCACUUCCCGACCAAGGUAAAGUGGCUCGUGCCCUUGUUAAAGACCAUUUUGGAAAUGGAUCGUCGUGGAUAUACUCUGGCCUCAACAUCCGAUUUAAGGAUUGGCGAUUUGUUCACCGUGCUCGUCUUAACUUAGUUCCUACAAACCAAAACAAGCACAGGUGGGAUGAUCUUCAAUCCCCUAUAUGCCGAGUUUGCAAUACCGAUCCUGAAACCUUACCCCACAUCCUUUGUCACUGCCCAACUAACCUUGUCGACGUUAGAGGAAGACACAAUGCUAUUCUUGGUCGUCUAACUAAUGCCAUCCGAUAUGGUGAAGUCCGAGUUGAUCAACAAGUUCCAGAGUUAGAUGAUGAAUGUAGACCCGACAUUGUCAUUAUUGAGAACAAUGAGGUUACAGUAAUUGAUGUCGUGUGUCCCUUCGAGAAUGGAGACGACGCCCUUAAGUCAGCCGAAGAUCGUAAAGUCAACAAAUAUAGUCAUCUGGUUGAUCACUUCAAGAAUAAGGGUAAAGUGUGUCGUGUCUUUGGUUUUGUUGUUGGUGCGCUUGGUGCCUGGCAUCUAAAUAAUGAAGCCGUCCUAAGUCAAUUAAGAAU